AUCGUUCCGAAUCGGUUGCUUAUGACACACACACCUUUUCUCUCUCUCACUUUCAACAAACCAUUUUUUAUUUCUUCUAAAUCCUAAUCACUUUGCAUUGUGUUGUGUGUGCUCCCUUCAACUCACUCACUCACUCACAAUGGAGCGGAAGCAAGGGUUCUUCUCUGCGCUCAAAGACGAGGUGGUUCGCGGCCUCUCGCCGGCGCGGUCACGCGCCAAGAGCCCCGCCAGGAGUGCAUCGCCCAUGUCCUCGCUGCUCCGCCGCCGCAGGAAGCACCACGCGCCGCCGCCUGAGCUCUUCAUUGCGAGAUCGGGAAGCCUCAGGCCCGCCGAGGCCCUCUCGCCGCUCAAGGAAGGUCCUGAUGGAACCGACGGCGGCCAGGACUCCUCGCGCGGAGAGGGAAGGUGGGGCCAGUGGAUGAAAGGACCACUCGCUAGAGCACCCUCUGUUUCUUCUUCCUCGUCCUCUUGCAACAACAAAAAGUCCGAUCUGAGGUUGCUUCUUGGCGUGUUGGGUGCUCCACUCGCUCCCGUGCACGUGUGCACCACGGAUCCCUUCCCUCACCUCAGCAUCAAAGACAUCCCCAUUGAGACUUCUUCUGCUCAGUACAUAUUGCAGCAGUACAUUGCUGCCUCUGGAGGGCAGAAGCUUCAGAAUUCGAUUAACAAUGCGUAUGCCAUGGGGAAGGUGAGGAUGAUAGCCUCCGAGUUCGAGACCGCAAACAAGGUCACGCGGAGCCGGAACUCGUCCAAGGCCGCCGAGUCCGGUGGGUUUGUCUUGUGGCAGAUGAACCCAGACAUGUGGUAUGUCGAGCUUGCUCUUGGUGGCAGCAAGGUUCACGCCGGUUGCAAUGGGAGAUUAGUGUGGCGGCACACGCCCUGGCUUGGUGCUCAUGCGGCAAAAGGGCCGGUUAGGCCUUUGCGACGCACCCUUCAGGGUCUUGACCCAAGAACAACUGCAAGCAUGUUUAUCAACACAAGAUGCAUUGGGGAGAAGAAGAUAAAUGAAGAGGACUGUUUCAUCCUCAAGCUUUGUGCAGACCCCUCAACAUUAAAAGCAAGGAGUGAGGGUCCAGCAGAGAUCAUUAGGCAUGUUUUGUUUGGGUACUUUAGCCAGAAAACAGGACUCCUUGUUCACUUGGAGGACUCCCAUUUGACACGCAUUCAGAACAAUGGUGGCGAGGCAGUAUAUUGGGAGACCACAAUAAAUUCAUUUCUUGACGAUUACAGGCCUGUCGAGGGGAUAAUGAUUGCUCACUCGGGUCGAUCCGUGGUGACGCUUUUCCGGUUUGGGGAAACAGCGAUGAGUCACACUAAAACCAGGAUGGAAGAAGCUUGGACGAUUGAGGAGGUUGCGUUCAAUGUCCCUGGCCUUUCUGUGGACUGUUUCAUUCCUCCGUCUGAGCUAAGGUUUGCUUCUAUGAGUGAAGCCUGUGAGCUUCCCCAAGGUCAGAGGGUGAAGACUGCUGUGGCAGCAGCUGCAUACCAUGCCAAAGUCACCCAACUACAAAAAUCGCACGAUAGCCACACGAAUAACAUUAACUGGACAGUGGAUGUUUAGUUAAGAGGAUGUUUGUGGAUUAGCGUAGGCGUCUAGUUUUUAUACAUUUUAUGGACUAUCUGACAAAUUACUGCAGGUAAAUGGUAAUAUUGCAGCAGGGUUGUCAAGAGUUUUCUGCUGUGGGUCAUUGCCUCAUCGAAUUUGUAAAUAGAAAUGAUCAGUCAUGGAUCCUGAUAAGUGAAUUUCUGUUCUCUGGGUUUUUGGUGGAUGAUUAUGUGCAUCAAGGUUUGUUUUUCCCACUUGCUUUCCGUAAAUGUGAAAUUGGGAACAUGCUGAUCCGUUUUAUAUUCUAUAAUUCCUGUAGAGUUUUUUUUUUCUUCCUGUGAAAGCAUUAACCAUAAUGCUUGGAGAUCACAGUUAUAACCUUGAUUUCGUCACUGAAAAGUUUUGGCUGAGUUUCAAGGAGCAGCAUUUGUCAGAUUUAAUAUUGAUGUUAUCGUUGGUAUCCGUAAGGAAAAUUCUUCCAUCUUUGAAGGAAACUAUAUAGGAUUGAAGAACUCUAGAUGCUUUUAGUGCUGGUUUUUUUUAUUAUGAAUUGUAAACCAAGUAGCCAGAGUAUGUAGAAGCUAAAUUAUUCCUAGGAUUUUUAUGCUUUUAAGGACAUAUAUAUAUUGACAAUUAUCACAAGCUUGUAUCAAUAUUUAAUUGUAGUUGUUAGAAAAAUGUCAAGAUUUCCUAUAUAUUCGAGCUGUUCUUUUUUAA